CACUCGUGAAGCGAGGGCAGGGGCCACGUGUAGGCGGAUUCGAGGUGAGAAGGUUGACACGUGAGAACGUUGAAACGGUAAAAACGUUGAAACGGCACAAGAUGAGUGCGGGCGCUUCACAAGAGAGGCAAGCACCAAGAAACUACUUUUCUAAUGUGUGCGACUUUUCUAAUGUGCGACUUCCCUAACGCGCUGCACUGUUAGGCAGCCACUGAGCGUGGGACUCCACAGCCCAUCAUGAGCCUGUUGUCGCGGUCGAAUCAUAACCGCCCUCUGAUUGAUUGCCCGGAUUUUUAGCUGCCAACACACCCCUUCAACUCGCCCCUCCGUCGCUUGCCUUUUCUCUGCCUUCUCCCUGCCCGCUGCUUGCAUUCUCUCGCGUUUCCAACCCACUUCACGCUCAGCAUUCCAGUCGUUAUUUGAGAUACCCAGCAACAGAUGCUCGAUACCCGUCCAUUGUAUUUCCUCGUUGAAUUCCUCGUUGAAUUCCUUUUUGAAUUCCUUACUUUGUCCCGGCGAUCCCUCUUUAUUUCGUCUCUCACUCGCUAGCUGGCGCCCCUCGCCGCGACCGACUUUUUUUUCCAUUCAUCCAUGCCCGUUUUCCCGCCCUCGUCCUUGUCUCUCCUCUCACCGCUUGACUCGGCAGCCCAGAAAGGGUAGACAACCCAGAAAGGGUAGAGCAGAGUUUCUCCCACCCGAUCAAGUCAUUCACCUUUGUUUACGUGAGCCUCUCUUGAUUGCUUCAACUUGAUUGCUUCAACUUCCCGUUUUACGGGCAUGGUGCACCAUGCCUCCCAAAGAACAUGACCCAGAAUCGUCCGUCGCCGACACCACGGUCGAUGAUUCCUCGCGCGAGAAAUACAGAAGCAGCCGGAGCGAAAGGGGAGAAAGGGAUCGCGACCGCGACCGAGACUGGGAUCGAGACGACGAGAGAGAUGGCAACAGAGAGCGCGAAAAGACUCGGGACAGAGACCGGGACCGACCUCGAGAUCGAGACAGGGACCGCGACAAGGACCGCGAUCGAUACAGAGACAGAGACAGAGACAGAGCGGGCGACCGAGACCCAGACAAGGACAAGGACCGGGAACUUCGCCACAGAUCCUCGCGGUGCUCCAAGCAUCGCUCUGCCACCGACAGUGAUCUCCAGUCGUCCUCGCACCGAAAACGUCGCACCAAAGACAAGGACCGAGACAGAGACAGAGACGGACAGCGCCGGCAGAGAGAUCGUGAUGCCGACAGAGAAAGGGAUAGGUCCAAGGACAGAGCCUGCGGGAACGACCUCGACACGGCAUCUGAGAUGACGGGCCACGUCGUUCCUGAGAUCUCGCGAUCUCGCCUAUCGCGACCAUAUCCGACCUUUAGCAAGCAGCACAGCAGGGAGAGCGUCGUCGUCGCUAGCCGUGAAGAUCUGUCUCAGUCUCAGCCCGCCCCAGAGGGCCGUACUCACCGCACCGACCCGCUCACUCCCGAGGCCACUGAUCUUGGUGCCAUUGAUGAUUCCAAGCGCGCCAAGCCCGCCGACAGCACCAUCGGACGCAAGCCUUCCGUCUCGCGCAAGGACGAGCGGCCACCAAGUCCUCCCGAGACAAAUCUAUCAUCAGAGCACAAAGACAGGCUGCGGUCCGAGACCCCAACAUCGGCCGGGUCACGCGAUAAGAACAAGGACAGGAACGCCGACGACGACAGGCCCCGUUCGAGGACGUCAUGGGUCUCCAGGUCAACUUCCAAGCACGAGAGUAAAAGCAAGGUCUCGACAAAGUCCAGGGCAUCCAGUCAGGCUACCCUCAUAUAUACCUCGUUCAAGAACCCCACGGUCGAGUCGGCUCAAAGCAGCGAGUCCAAGGUGACCUCCAAGUCGCGGGGUUCGUCUCCCAAGUCGGCCAAGAGAGAUGUAGCCGCCGCCACGCUAGAUCCCAGCGAUGGCAACAUGUCACCUGCUUCUGCACAAGACUCAUCGCCCAAAACCCCAACCGGAACACCCCAUUUCCCCCCACCCCCACAAGUAUUCCCCCACGAGAAGCCUGGGACUGCUGGGCAUCACUUUGGGCCACCACCCCCGCCACCCCCGCCACCACCGAUGGGAAUUGUCCAAGUCCCCAAAGUGAACUACCUCACGCAAAACGGUGGUCUACAAAAGUCGGUUUCCAAGGACUUUCUUGAUGCGCUGCCACGCCAGAACGGCACCAGACCAUCAAACCCCCCGCUGAGUGGCUGCGAAACGCUUUUUGCACCAUUUUUCGGUAUACUUGAUCAGUACCAAGCGGUUUUGGAUAACCAUGGGUCCAUCGCGGUUGCUACAGGUCACAAGACCAUCGCCAGGCGUAUCCUUGACCGCCUAGACAAUGUCUUCACCAGGGACUUGCCUGAAGAUGGAUGCAACUGCGUCAUGUGUGAGAAGACUGGCCGCCACCAGACUUGCGGCCUUGGCUGGGGCGAGGUCCUCGAGCGGUUCAAGGGCGAUAACCCUCCAUGGCCUCCAUUCGACCUGGCCGAGCUAGGGUCCAAGGGAAUCGAAGAAUCUGCUGCCGACCUUGUUCCUCCACGGCCCGACUCACCUGUCAAGAUGGACCCGGACAUUGCCGAAGAGUUCAGAGGCCACUACCUGCGCCAAAACAAAAAGGUCAAGGCCGCCGUAGGCAAGUGGCUAACUAGCUGCGCCGAGACGCCCGCCCCUCCUCCCCAAGAAGUGGAUGAUGAGACUCUCACAUUCGCAAUCUUGACGAGCUUGAAGCACGAAGAGCAACCCUAUUUCAAUGCCCUUCUUUCAGGCUCGAGAGAACUCCAGCCAGCGGUACGGGCACCGACGCCCAUGGUGCGCAAGCCACGGCAGGAUUUUCUCGUGCGUACGGGCCUCGCGUUACAGCGUUACUACGGUCUCCAGCAAGUCCCCCGCGACGCCGAAACGGUCGUGUACCUAGUGCGUAACCACCACAUGCACCAUCUGUUGCGGACGGUCAGUGAUAUCAACCCCUCCGAGUGGGAGCUGCUUGUUUCAGGUCGCUUCGACGGCUUCCUAUGGAGCGGUGCCGACAACAGUGGAACCGCUGGUGGUGAAGACGGAGCAGCCACACCGACCACAACCGCACUUGAUCUUUCUCCCCAGGGAGGAGGUCCACCAAUACGGAACUUUAUCACCCCGUCGGGGUAUUUCUCCCCCCCCUCAAGGGGGCCAACACCUUUCAGUCGAGGGCCAACACCUUUCAGUCGAGGGCAAACACCGGCCUCAUUCGUCAGUGGUGUCUCAUCAAUGGCGGGCGUUGUGGUACCGCCAGGAAUGGGUGGUGGUGGUCCUGGUGGCAAAACGGCUGUAACAAUGGACGAAGAACUCGAAUUGCAGGUGCUGGCCGAGGUUGAGAGGCACAUUUAUCAAGGCAUGGAGGCGCUUGAAAACGCGUUCGAGGCACUACAUCAGAGGGCCGAGCAGGUCCGCGGAGCGUUGAGGCAACGGACCUCGGGGCUGUCGGUCGGUCUUCAGCGCAAGCGGGCCGGAGGCGGCGGGCUGCUUUCGUCAGGCCAACUUGUUGACGAAGACCUCGUCCAAGAUCAGGCAGGCGGCGGCGGCGGCGACGGGGUCCACGGUGGCGACGACUUUAACACCAGCUUUGCCGUCGCCACCACCAGUGAGAGUGAUUGGUGUGUCGAGGACUACGGGGAACUGAAGCCCGACGACUCGGCCAGCAACAUCAGCUCCUCGCGUCACCGGCGGCCAAAGAGGCGGAACGAGAGGAGAACUCCGGCUCCAAUCGAGGAGGAUUAUGAUGAGGAGUGAGACAGCGCGACGGGGAACCGAACCCCGUGUGCAGUGCGUGUGCUCGGCUGCUCCGGCUGGCCCCGUACUGGCCCCGUACUAGCCAUA